CUACGAACCCAUCCACAAACAAAAUAUCUUCAUUCCUGAUUCAAUCAAUUAGACCUUACUUUUCUCUCAAAUUCCGCAUCUCACGAAUUCAUCGAUGGAGAAAUUCGAGCAAUACGAGAGAGUGUUCAGCCACUUCGAUUCGGACGGCGACGGCAGAAUAAGCCCGGAGGAGCUGCGGCAGUGCGUGGCCUCGAUCGGCGGCGACAUGGCGGCGGCUGAGGCGGAGGCCGCGGUGGCGCUGACGGAUUCGGACGGGGACGGGUUGCUGAGUUUGGAGGAUUUCGUUAAGGUAGUGGAGGGGGCGGGGGAGGAUGAAAAGCAGAGCGAUUUGAAGGCGGCGUUUGAGCUGUACGCGCCGGAGGGAAGCGCGUGCAUUACUCCCGAGAGCUUGAAGAGAAUGCUGAGCAGAUUGGGGCAGAGAAGAAGCGUCCACGAUUGCAAAAAUAUGAUCGCCUCUUUUGAUCUCAACGGCGAUGGAGUCCUCAAUUUCGACGAGUUUAAGAUUAUGAUGACCUGCUGAGCUGAUUAUGAUGACUAUGGAUUGAAUAAUCGAUAGUUUUAUGUUUUUGUUCCACAUUUGAUAUUUAUUUCUGCAUAUAAAAUCCAAUUUAACUUUGAUACAAUCAGUGGCGGACAUGGCUAUUUCUUUUGUUGUUCGGGGCGACGCCGGAGGCAAAUGGAGGGGGCGAACAUGGUAAUUUUACAUCCCGAUAAGGGGAAAAUAGUCGCACGGAGGGGGCGACCGCCCCCUCCUGCCCCCCCUAGAUCCGCCACUGGAUACAAUGAUUAUUUGUUUCUACUGAUCCUCUUAUUGACAGAGUAUAGAAUGUGCUGACUUAAUUAA